AUGUCGACAGCAUUGAUCAUUGGCGCCGGUGAGCGCGUAGGACAAUCAGUUGCUGAUAAGUUCGCGAAAGCCGGUUACAAGAUUGCCGUGGCCUCGCGCUCCAACAAAGUCAAGGGCGACGGCUACAAAUUCUUCCCGUUCGAUGCGACCAAACCUGAGACCACAGCCGACCUAUUCUCAAAGGUCCGCAAGGACGUUGGAAUCCCAAGCGUGGUGGUCUACAAUGCAUACGGCGCCCGCUUCGGCACCGUUCGAAACCCCUUGGACCUGCCGAUCGACGACUUCAACGCCGACAUGGCCGUCAACGCGGCCAGUCCGUUCGCCAGUGUCGUAGAAGCCGUCAAGGGCUUCAAGGAGCUGAAGGCCGAAGGGAAGCUCGGAAAGAGUGGAGCGACGUUCAUCUUCACGGGCAACAUGCUGAAUGACACGGCUGGGCCAAACUUCAUGACUUUUGGCAUGGGAAAAUCUGCUGCUGCAUUCCUGAUCAAGUCUCUGGCGUUGGUGGAUUUCGCAGAUGAGCCAUUCAAAUUCUACUACGGCGACCAAAGACAUGCGGACGGGGAGCCGUUCUAUACCGGUCUCAGCGGCCCAGCCCACGCAGAUGCUUACUUUGAACUCGCACAGAAGCCGGAGCAAGGACCCUGGCAGUAUACAUUUGUCGAGGGUGCAGGAUACAAGAAAUUCCCGAAACCAGAGACUCUACGCAAGCCGCAGUGA